AUGACAGUACGUCAAAAUCCUUUGCAUCUGCACCAUCAUCCAUCCUUGCUCCUUUCGGAAGUUGUGAGUGAUUCACUCGCUGCCACUACUACUGGCACCACCAACAAGGCUGCGGGUGCCAUUAUGGACAUUGGUGCGACACUACCGGAAGCGGGUGGCGGUGGUGGGAUUGUGGACAUUGCCAAAAACAUUGCCUUUGCCAUUACGGCAGUCCUCUUCUUGGGAGCUGGAUUGACAUUGGUGACAGCGUCUAUCAUUGUACCUGCUGCCGCCAAGGAAUUGGAAACGGAAUGCAAAGAUUUGUCACCGGAACUUUGGGACGAAUAUUCUGCCAUGCUCAAAGAAGGCGAAACCAUGGCCAAUCGCCCCGAUUUGAUGCAAGAAUUGGGAGCUAAACUCCAACCAUUGUUGGAUGCCAAGAUUGAACGUCAAUUUGAAGAACAAAAGGCCAAGGGAAUUGAUGUGAGUCAAGACGAGCAAGCUUGGAAGGCAAUUGAUUCCCUCAAUAAGAAGGUACCAAAGCCAGACAAUAGCGAGGCCGUGUUUGGUAGAAAGGAGGACAAGAGUAGUAGCAGCUCGACUACUUCUGGAAUAGUCACGGAUCAAUGGGAGGAUUAG